AUGAAGGUGUUCCUAACUAUUCUGGCUCUGGCCGUGGCCUCCGCUUCGGCCUACGAGGGUAUCGUCCAUCCUAAGGACCUGCCGAAGGUGGCCAAGAUCGAGGGCCGCAUUACCAACGGCUACCCGGCAGAGGAGGGCAAGGCCCCCUACACCGUGGGACUUGGCUUCAGCGGAGGCUGGUGGUGCGGUGGCUCCAUCAUCUCCAACACCUGGGUCCUGACUGCUGAGCAUUGCAUCGGAGAUGCCGCCUCCGUGACCGUCUACUUCGGAGCCACCUGGCGCACCAACGCCCAGUACACCCACUGGGUUGGCAACGGCGACUUCAUCAAGCACUCGUCCGCUGAUAUCGCUCUGAUCCGCAUCCCUCACGUCGACUUCUGGCACAUGGUCAACAAGGUGGAGCUCCCCAGCUACAACGAUCGCUACAACGACUACAACGAGUGGUGGGCCGUGGCCUGCGGAUGGGGCGGCACCUAUGACGGCUCUCCCCUGCCCGACUGGCUUCAGUGCGCCGAUGUCCAGAUCAUUCACAACUCGGAGUGCGCUAGUGUCUACGGAACCGGCCUCGUGGGCGACAACAUCAUCUGCAUCCGCGUCGUUGAUGGCAGGGGAACCUGCGGUGGAGACUCUGGCGGUCCUCUGGUCACACACGACGGCGGCAAGCUGGUGGGUGUCACCAACUGGGUUUCCGCUUCCGGCUGCCAGGUCGGUCACCCUGCUGGCUUCCAGCGUGUGACCUACCACCUGGACUGGAUCCGCGACCAUACCGGUAUUGCUUACUAGAGAAAGAAAUAAAAAUG